AUGGGUGAAGGGGUCACACUUGCGGUGGUCAACCUGGAGACGGCGUCCACCACCAUCAACUGCAAGCUGGCGCGACAGCUGUGCGUCAACGAUGCCGCCUGCCACUCCAUCACCACGCUGAUCCCCCGCCUCUGCGGUCAGGAGCUCGUGGCCUGCUCAACGGUGACAGUGACCAAGUGCCAGGCGGCGCUGCGAACGCUGGUCUCGUUCCAGUUCUUCCAGCCGACUUGCCUGUGCAAGGAGCCGCGCAUGGACCCCGAGUGUAACACGUACCGCAACCUCGUCUUCGACCACCCCUGCUUCACGGUGAAGCGCAAGGACAAGGAUCCGUACCCCGUGCACGCGCUGCCCACGUGCCGGUACGCGCUCAACGCCUGCCGCCAGCAGCCGAGGUGCUCCCGGCUGUACGACAACUUCAUCGGCUCGUGCAGCUUCGACGACAACCAGUGCCACAUGACCGACAGUGACGCCUGUUACGACGCUUGGAAUCGACUCCGCCUGAGCCCUGUGUUUGGCUGCAUCUGUCCAAACAUGCAGGAAAGCGACUGUGGCAGUAUAUUCAAUGUGGUCCACAGAAACCCAUGCGUUGUGGACGUGCUGGGCGGCGUGAACGCCAGUCGUCGACCGACCGACCCGCUGCUGGUCACGCCGCUGUUCGACCUGACUUCGGAGCCGACCCACGCCUCGACCCUGCGGCGCACUCUGUACGGGCCGGAGCGCGACCAGGCCACCGACGUCCGCGUGCAGCCACCUCCAC